AUGACUCUGUUCCACCAGCUAAGCUACCUCUGCGUCUGCGAGCUGUUACUCCUGGCAGCACUCCAGGCAGCUGGUCUGACUCAUCAUCAUCAGACGGACAUGAGGUUCAGCAUGACUUCGCUGAUGGACUCGAUUACUUUACCCUCGUUGCCUCAUAUGUUCUCCGGGACUACCAAAUGCCAGGCGUUUAAAAACUUAUUCGGACUAACUUACGAAAAGAUGGCGGAAAAAGAGUCCGCGAAAGUUCACGAGAGUCUCACAAUAGAUUUAAUUACAAAAAAUGGUAAUGAGAAACAUAAUUUUACUGCGACAAAGCGGCUGGCUCCGAUGCUGAAAGACGCGAAAGAGAUAAUAGUACUUAUUCAUGGAUUUCUGGAGAGUUCUGACGGCGUCAUGGUGCAAGCAUUGGCCACAGAGUUUCUGAAGAAACCAAGCUUAGAAAUCUUAGCUCUAGAUGGACGCAAAGUCAUCAAUUUGGAGUAUUUUAGAUCGACCACGUAUGCUCGGUUCAUGGGAGAGAAACUUGGACACGUUUUGAGCGAUAUCGUAAAAGAAGACAUAGAUCCCGCCAAAUUCACCUUGAUUGGACACAGUCUCGGAGCGCACAUCGCUGGUAUAGCCGGAAUGCAGGUCUACCAGCUCACUGGCAGACGGGUUGGUCGGGUGAUCGGCCUGGACCCAGCGGGACCUUGCUUCAGCAAUGUCAGCGCUGUUCACAGACUGGACAGAAGUGACGCAGAGUUCGUUGACGUCAUUCAUACUAAUGCCGGGGUGCUGGGUAUUAAUGAAGCAGUAGGUCACAAAGAUUUUUACCCUGGAGGCGGGAAAUCUCAACCUGGCUGUUUGCUAUCAACUUGUGACCACAGCCGAGCUUGGCAAGUCUUCGCGGAGUCAAUCAACACUCCAGAUCGUUUCCCUGCUCGUAAAUGCGAAAGCUGGUCAGCGUUCAAGGACGGCCUGUGCCUGAAGAACGAAGUGGCCUUCAUGGGAGUGUCUUCGGCCAAAGGUAGUCCAGGGUCGUACUUCCUGAACGUGGGUUCGGCGCCUCCUUAUGGCCUGGGUCCAGCCGGCAGUGGGUGA